UCAAUUGUCGGAUGCCGUCGCGUUUGGAUCGUAAUUCAGGGAUAAUAAAUAAAAAUAAUUCUAUUUUUCAGUGGAGAAGAAUUGGUAGAAAGAUGCGUUCAAUUUGGCUGCUGCUCUGUUUGGGGCUCCUGGCCGUGUCAUCUCAAGUGCACGCUGAGGAGACUAAUUUGGAGGAUAUCCUAGAAGAUAUUGACUUGGAAGAUAUUGCCGAGUUUGAUGAUAACGAUGAGGAAUAUUUGCGUCUGCUCGAGGAGAAGGCCAAGAAUCAAGAUGUGGAUCGGGAGAACGAAUUGGCCCAAAAAUUGGCGGAUGUGCACCAUAACAUACUGAACCCCGUGGUGGAGAUCGAUCCCUGUGAGACAAUGCACUGUGGUGCCGGUCGCAUUUGUCAGCUGAACAAGGAGAAACCCGAGUGUGUCUGCAUUCCCGAGUGUCCCGAGGAGUCCGAUGCCCGUCGUCAUGUCUGCACGAACAAGAACGAGACUUGGCCUUCGGAUUGUGCCGUCUACCAGCAACGUUGUUGGUGUGACAUCAAGGAUCCUGGUUGCCUUGAUCCGACUAAUGCUCAUCUGCACAUCGAUUACUAUGGCGCGUGUCACGAGUCCCGUGUCUGCGAUGGCGAGGAUCUCAAGGACUUCCCUCGCCGCAUGCGCGACUGGCUCUUCAACGUGAUGCGGGAUCUGGCGGAGCGGGAUGAGCUGACGGAUCAUUACAUGCAAAUGGAACUGGAGGCGGAAACAAACAAUUCACGUCGUUGGGCCAACGCAGCCGUAUGGAAAUGGUGUGAUCUCGAUGGGGACACCGAUCGCUCCGUCUCCCGUCACGAACUGUUUCCCAUUCGUGCUCCUCUGGUCUCUCUGGAACAUUGCAUUGCUCCGUUCCUCGAGUCGUGCGAUUCCAACAAGGAUCAUCGCAUCACAUUAAUCGAAUGGGGCGCCUGCUUGGAACUCGAUGCCGAGGAUCUUAAGGAGCGUUGUGACGAUGUCCAGAAUGCGGUUCCACAUUUGCUAGGCUAGCCGAAACUUUGAUACAGAGCUGGAGUAAAAUCGAUGCUAUCGAUAUAUAUUAUCGAUGUUUUUCAGCUUUACUCUGAUACCAAUUUGAAUAUCUAGUAAUGUAAAUGUACAUCAAAAUAUCGAUAUAUGUUAACUAAUUUAAUUCGAUUUUUUGCUUGCCGAUGAAUCGAGUGCAAUUAAUCGAAAUUCAUAAAAAUCUGCUUCCUUGCAAUUCAGCACUUCUGUAAAACUACAUCGAUUAAACGAUAACUUUCAACUAAUUAAAUAGAGUGAAAUAAAUCGAAAAUCAAGAAAAAAAAUCUGCCUAUUGGAAUUCAUUUCAAA